CUCUUGUGCCAAAAAGUUAUAGGUUACCUUCUAACAAGCAUUUAUAUAUAAUAUUAUUUAAUUUAAAUUAAAUAAAACAUUAAAAUGUUCACCAAACAGUAUUUUGUGAUUCUCUUACUGGCGUACGUCGUUAAUUGCGAAGAUGCAUAUUUACCACCCUACAUCACUCCGUGUGAAUUCAAAAGCGAUGACUUCGUGGAUUGCAUCAAGAAACAAAUAGAAAUAGCACUGCCGAAAUUCACGCUGGGGAUCCCAGAAAUGGAUGUCCCUUCGAUAGAUCCAGUACACUUGAAGAACAUCGAGAUCCUUGGAAACGGGCUGAACCUGACCUUCUCAGAAGCUGAGAUGCACGGCCUCAGUCAGGCCAAAGUGACGGAGUUGAAGGUCGAUGUUGGUAAAGGCGAAGGACAAUUCUCUUUAUCGUUCAAAGGAGACUUGAAUUUAACUGCUAAGUACGUUGCUGACGGCAGAAUCCUUAUUCUUCCCAUCAAAGGAAACGGAGACGCGUUGGUUGAUGCACAGGGCGUGGAAGUGCACAUUGACUGUAAAUUGAUCCACGAAAAGGACAGCAAAGGCGAUCACAUGAAGUUGGCUACUCCAAAGUAUAAGUAUACCAUUGAACGCACCGUAUUCGACCUGAAGAACCUAUUCAAUGGAAACAAGCAACUUGCGGACACAACCCUUCAGUUUGCCAACGAGAACUGGCAACAGUUGAUGGAUGAGCUCUCUCCGCCGGCCAUCAAGCAGAUCGUCCGAACCGUCGUCAAAGCCAUCAACAAGUUUUUAUCAAAAGUAGACAUCCACCAAAUAAUAAAAGGAUACACCGAAGAUUAAAAUAAGCUGUGAUCAUAGUCAAUAAGAAGUGAUUACUGAUUAAUUCAUUCAAAUAUUAAUUGCCUUACCGAUAAGAUAACAUAUUUAAUUAGGUACUGCAAUUUAUUGUAAUAAAAAUAUUUUUUCUGAUCAUGAUACAGCACUAUACUUCUACAUACAUGCUUAAAUUAUUAUUGAUACUUGCCUUUCUAUAAAAUAUUCUAUCGGUCUUCACUUAUUUACGUAAAGUGAUACCCUUCCUAUGGUAGAGUAAAAAUACAACUCAACAAAAGUAUGAAAUGAAAAGGUUAUUGUAUAUUUAUAUUAAUAUUAAGAUAAAUAGUAUUUAAAUUAAUAAAGAG